AUGAAGCUCUUCAUAGCGCUUGCUGGUUUAGUUACAUUAUGCUCUGGAGUAGCUAUCCCUACGAUUCCCGGAGACAAUAGUCACUAUGUAGAGGGAGAAAGCCGUUACAUCUGGAUGCCUGAUGGUGAAGGUGUUCCGCAGCUAGUGGACCUGCAUGAACCCAUCGACUAUGAAUUACUGGGCUCCAGAAGCGGCGCCAAUAAUCAGUACUGGCUUUUCACCAGACAGAACCAAAACAAUCGCCAGGUGCUCGUGAACGGCAACAUCAACUCCGUGAGGAAUUCACACUACCGCGCCAACCGCGGUACCGUUGUCAUUGUCCACGGAUGGAACAACAAUGGCAACACUCAGAUGAACCCUCUCAUCAGAUCGGCCUUCCUUGCCGUUCAAGACGUUAAUGUCAUCGUUGUUGACUGGCACAGACUUGCCAAUUCAAACUACAAUACUGCCGCCGCUGGCGUCCCAGAUGUCGGUCGUGCCCUCGGCAACUUUUUGGUUUGGCUCAUCAACAAUGCUGGAGGCAAUUGGAACCAAGUGCAUCUUAUUGGCUUCAGUUUAGGUGCUCACGUCGUUGGUAAUGCCGGACGCCAAGCCGGUGGUCGCCCUGCACGUGUUACUGGUUUGGACCCCGCCGGACCACAGUGGGGAGGAAACUCUAACGCACUCAACCGCAAUGCUGGUCAUUACGUCGAAUGCAUCCACACGGACGGCCGUGCUCUUGGUAUUUUCAACCCCAGCGGUGAUGCCGACUUCUACCCGAAUGGCGGCAGGAACCCCCAACCCGGAUGCCGGAUCAACACCUGCUCACACGGUCGCGCCACUGAAUUAAUGGCAUCCAGUGUUCGCACUAACCACUUGGUUGGAAGACGCUGUGGUAACAUCUGGGAAGCCGAACUUUCCAACUGCAAUGGCGGAACUUUGCAUAUGGGCAACGGAAACUUCGGGAAGCGUGGAUCCGGCCUCUACGGUUUGAGAACUCGCAACGCCUGGCCUUUCUAA